GGAGGACUAAUCUUCUUUCUACAUUUGGUUGCAUCCCUACAAGUGGUACAAUCGAGAAAAUAUCAAAAAAGACAUUCUCAAAAUGAACUUGGACAAUUAACCAGGAGAAUGUUCUAUUGGUUUCCAAAAACCAUUCAGCGAUACAAGCAAAAUAUCCAUGGAAGACAUCAUGAAAGACCCUACAACUUUGGAUAUCCUUAUCCARUGUGGUAUGGGAACUCAUAUUCAGCGCCCUCGACUGCACCUUUUCCAUUGACGUUCCCUAAGGAAGAAAGUACCAUGCUGGAUUCAAUGAUGUUUCCUGGAGAUACAAAUUCUCGUUAUCAAGCGAAUGAAGAUGCACAACCAGACAGGAAUGAGAUAUUGACUAUCAAAGGAAGACAUUUUAAGAGUAUUGGAUGCUGGACUGAUAGUGUCUUCGGCAGAGCUAUAAGCUCCCUGGAAGGAAAACACCCCUUACUAAAAAACCGCAAUUACAAAGCACGAAGUAAUGCUSUCAUGAAAUGCGCCGAGGCAGCCAUUGACAAAAACUUUAAAAUUUUCGCAUUGCAAAAUGGUGGCCAGUGUUUUGGACAGGCAGAUCAGGUUGAAUCCUACAAGAAGUUCGGACCCUCCAGGAAUUGUAAAGGUGAUGGAGAAGGGGGCCCACAAAGUAACGAGGUUUACAGCUUCAUGAAAAAUAAYAAAACUGAAGUUCUAGAAGAGCAGUAUCAGGAUGACUUUAAUUGGUCUCCUUGGUCAGCUUGUGGUCUACCAUGUGCAGGUUCCCAGGGAAUUCAGUCAAGGAAUCGAUCUACGUGCAUUAGUUUACCGACUGUUAUUCUUAAGCCGUGCAGUACCUAUGAAACUCGUCCUUGUCAAAUCACUGUGUGUCCGCCACCCAUUCGACCUCCGACACCGCCAACCGUGCCUCCAACAUCUGCACCUACACCGCCUCCAACCGAACCCUCAACAUCACUACCUACAGCACCUCCAACACCUSCACCCACGUCGCCAACCRAACGUCCAACAUCAGCACCUACACAACCGCCCACAACAGCACCAACUGCUCCAACUGCAACUCCAACAUCAGUUCCAUUGAGUACAUCAGAACCAACCACACCCAUAUCGAUGACUACACAUCCAACUACACGUCAACCAGUUUGCAAAGCCACAGUUGAUCUUGGAUUUCUGAUCGAUGGCUCAUUAAGUAUUGGGUCACAAGAAAACUUUUCCAAAGAGUUACAUUUUGUUACAAGUAUUGUUGACGGGUUCGAGGUUUCACAGGAAGGCACCCACAUCGGAGCAGUCCUUUUUACAUACGAACAAAGACUCCUUCAUACUUUCGACCAAUCUUAUGACAAACAAGCUAUCAUAGAYACAAUAAAUAGAACAAUAUGGCCUGAAGGAGGGACUUAUAUAGGUAAAGCCAUAAAGUUUGCACAAAGAGAAUUGUACGAACAAAGCAGGCGCUCGAAAUCAGUACCUAAGAUUCUUAUAAUCUUGACCGAUGGCCGUGACAAUGACCAGGAUGAAGAAAUUGUGAGUGACGCUUCAAAAGAGCUACGUAAAUUUGGGGUGACUAUCUUUGCGGUUGGUAUUGGUAGAAAUUAUGACAUUAAGGAGUUGAAUARCAUGGCAUCAGAUCCUAAAUCAAGCCACGUCUUUCAUGUCGAGGAUUUGGACAAACUUGAUACAAUCCUAAAAGCAAUUCGCGACAAAGCUUGUCAAACUCCAUCGAGUACAUCAGCACCAACCACACCUUUAUCAAUGACUACACAUCCAACUACACAACCAGGUAGGAACGUAGUGAAGUUGCUUAAUAUCCCCUCAUAUGGCCCUACUUCAGCUAAUUACAGAUAUAUUCACUUUAUUGCAUAUUUUCUUUCCUUGCUUACUGUUGUUUGA